CAAGAAUGGUCAAAGGGCUCUGAACUGAGUUUUAUUCUCUCGGAGCACAUUGAAUGGGGGAGUAGAAGUGGUUGUCCUUGACUGGGCUCUCUCUGAGCUCUGGCUGCAUUUGCUCACAGCUUGUUCAGUCUUGCAGGCCUUUCAUAACAAAACUGUCAGGAACGAAACCCCAUCAUUCCAGUCUCUCUGAGGAACCGACUACUGUAUUGUCCUGCCCUACAUUCUGCUUGGACUCUUCUUCUUUUUUGUCUGUUUUUUUUUCUUUUUACAUCCAUGCUACUACAGAGGAUAGAAGAUAGGAGCAAUCAGUACCAGUUCACCCAAUGCCAAACUGUCAUCGUCCAUUAUUAAUUAAAAGAGAAUCAUGUGAUUGAACACACUCCCUGUCUGGUUCUAUCUCUUGUUCAAGAUGGAUGGUGAAGGGGGUGAUGGCAGCAACAGCCAAGAACAUAAUUACUCAAAUCAAGAUCCUUACAGUCCCUCCAGUGGCUUCGAUGACAAUUCAAUAAAUAAGGAUGAGAAGUUCAAAGAUGAUUCUAUUGAGCCUGAAAAUAAUAAGAAGUAUGAUGAGACAGACCUAAAUCAAAUAAUUCUCGACGAAGACGAGUCCCAUCCUGAUGGAGCAGUACCUCGAUUUGUCAUACAAGGCCUGGGCGACCCACCGGAAAAGCCACCCCUGAACGGGGACGUGUCUUUGUCAGGCAUGUCCUUAAAGGACGGCAACGACACAGGCCAGAAUUUAGAUCAAGAUGAAAAUAAUGGCUGUGGCAGUCUGGACUGUAUGUACUAUACGCUAAUGUGCUGUGAAUGUUCAGUAUUGUGAUUUUUAUUUAUUUUGUGAGAUGACUAAUGGCAAAUUUGAAAAAGAAAAUGUGCAAUAAAUUUUAUAAUUUUU